AUGCGGCCAUUUACCAGACCACUUGAUAUGAGGUAUGAAACACAUUCUAAAAGCUUUAAAAUUAUUGAGCCUACGCAUAAGGUACCAAUUAGUUGCAUGUUCCUAUGCCAGUUUGAUAUGAAAAGGGGCAACGUUGUCAUAUGGUCGAAAAUCUCACCUUUAAGCAGUGACUUGGACUUAACAAACGUUGAAUUCAAAGCACUGCCAUCUGGAAUUAGCGAUAUUGACCAAGAUACAGUAAAUUUUGUGAUACCCAAAGGUGAUGGAACGGAUGACUUUUAUUACGGACUGGCAAGUUACCAGCAAAAUGCGAAGAGGUUAGCAGAGCAUUCCAAGCACAUAGAUCGUUCAGAAGUGCAGAUGUACUCACUUGGAGUGAUUGUUGAUCCAAAUUUCAGACAAAAAGGCAUUUCUCAGAGUAGAUAUUAUGACUGGAAACCAAACCAAUUUGUCAGCGCAAAUGAGUACAUUGAUGAUUUGAGCAAAUUGCUUUCUCACUGGCUCAAGAUGGGAGAUCUUCAAGUUUACAAACAGUUUGAAGAGUAUUUCGAAUCCAAUUGCUUAAAGCGAGAUUCAGGCUGUCUUUCAUCACCUGUGUUGCAGCGUAACUGGCAAAACGCUGGAAAAUUUAUUGACGACAAUACCGAACCUGCUAAGCAUCCUCAUAUGCUUGAAUCACUAACUCAAUGGGUGAACUACCUUGGCCCGCUCAUGUUUCCUUUAUGGAAACUGUGUCUUCUUAGGGAAAGGGUCCUGAUCUUAGGAGGAAGCGGAGUAACUUUUGAUAAGUGUAACUCUCUCACAUAUUGUCUUUCUAUAUUAUCCUUGAUUCCAAGGAUAAUCCAAAACAACAUCCAUGAUGAGCCUUUACAACCGCUUUACACUGUCGGUCUAACAGAUACUGGUUAUCUCACCGAUAUCGUGUCCCGUGCUAUUGGAGGAGAAGAAGAGUCUUAUAACAUUGGCGGAUACAUAGCUUGCACGACUGAUGAGAUUUUAACUUACAAACCUGAACUGUUUGAUGCCCUCCUAAAAAUUCAUGGGGCAAAUUCCUUUCCAGAAUUAACUGCAUCAGAUGGGUCUCAAAUUAAAGCCACACCACAUGAAAUGGAAAUGUAUGAGCAUUUAGUCCACACCAAACUGGGAUACCAGCUUUCACAUGACGAAGUAGAGAAGUUAAUGAAUCUUGUGGAGCCAUUGACAUGGUCACAGUAUUUGAUAGAUGGAUUCUAUUGGUGGGCAACAGCCGGCUAUAUGAGGCCUUCGUUUCAUGAAACCGAAGAAGAAGUUUUAGGUGAGAUAGAUCGUGAGAACUUAGAGGUGGUACUUUCGUUGGUGGGUUACUUUCACGAAAAAACGUGUACUUUAUUCAGAAAAUUGCAGGAAGUUGUGGAAUCCAGUGACGAAGAAGAAAUCGUUCUCUCCCCAGCUUUUCUCUCAUCUGUUGGUUUGGACUGUUUCAGCUCUCAAGACUAUACAUUUGUUGAGAAGCUGGGGCUUAAAUGGUUCAACAGGAGCAUACAAGUAAAAAGAAUUGAUCUCAACAUUUUAUGCUAG